AUGUCUGGGCGCGGUAAAGGAGGCAAAGGUCUCGGAAAAGGAGGUGCAAAGCGUCACCGAAAGAUCCUUCGUGACAACAUUCAAGGUAUCACUAAACCAGCUAUCCGUCGUCUUGCUCGUCGUGGCGGUGUUAAGCGAAUCUCUGGCCUGAUCUACGAGGAGACUCGUGGCGUUCUUAAAGUUUUCCUUGAGAACGUGAUCCGUGAUGCAGUGACAUAUACCGAGCACGCUAAGAGAAAGACUGUGACAGCCAUGGAUGUGGUGUACGCUCUGAAGAGACAAGGCCGCACUCUCUACGGAUUUGGUGGUUAAAUGACUCAGUCUACUAAAAUAGAACUAACGGCUCCUUUAGGAGCCACCAAAUCUUACAAAAGUCGUGACCAAUAAAGGUUGAUGAAUAUUGACGGUUUAAUGUUUAUACCUGACGCGCCGCAAACAGCAAAUCGAUAGUAGAUGCGGUCAUUUUCAGUGCCAACGACUGCUGCUCGAUCGUAUAGUGGCAUAUUAUGAAAUUUAGUGCCAUCACUAAGAAUAAUUAGCCGUUCAUUCCACUACGAAUAACGUGGGACACAGGUAAGCUUCUGAGUAAGCCACUUUUUCGGUCGAGUAGAAUCAAGGAAGAGCGGACGGUUGUUAAAGCAAGAGAUAAGGAAAUCAUCUUACAACCCUCAAUGCUAUUCAGACGAAACUUACAAGCGGGUGCAUCAUGUAGCACGAAUGCUCACGCUACGCAAGUUCUGCGGUGAAUCCUAUAAAUAUUACUCUGCAACAUAGUUUAAUCAACCAGGAGUUAAAAAGAUUAAGCCAACGGCGCGUUCGAUCAAACGGCAAAGUAAGCUGUGGAUGGACUCCCGUGCUGGCGCACUACGCCGAUUACCUGAUUGUAACGUAUUUUCUCGAAUAGAGUUCAAGUGUAAUGUCCGAACCAUUCUCUAAGAACAUGCUAAUAAAUCGCGCGUAUUUAGAGUAAGACACGCUGUAAAAUCCUUCGCAAUACGAGCAAAAAAAAAAUUUUUUUACGAGAUAGACAAAAAAAUGGCGAAAGCAAUAAAGUUUCGAUUAUGUUAUUUGCAACGCAAAGUUAAGGUUAUUUAACUAGUGUGGAAAGUUGAUCACGACUCUUUUCAAUAUCUGUUGGCUCUUAAAAGAGCCGUUUGUUUCAACCGAUGAAAUUGGUUUAGGCUUUAGGUUUCUUCUCGGUCUUCUUGGGCAGGAGUACUGCCUGGAUGUUAGGAAGAACGCCUCCCUGUGCGAUGGUGACACCGGCGAGCAGUUUGUUCAACUCUUCGUCAUUACGGACAGCAAGCUGAAGGUGACGAGGAAUGAUUCUUGUUUUCUUGUUGUCACGAGCAGCAUUGCCUGCCAACUCGAGGAUCUCAGCGCUCAAAUAUUCAAGCACAGCAGCCAAGUACACUGGAGCACCGGCGCCAACACGCUCAGCGUAGUUGCCUUUACGGAGAAGACGGUGGAUUCGACCGACAGGGAAUUGAAGCCCUGCUCGGGAUGAGCGACUCUUGGAUUUGGUACCCUUAGCUUUGCCUUUACCGCGACCAGACAUGAUGAAAUAGUUAAACAAGACAAACACUAAAUAACAGAGUUGAGUGCGGCGAAAUCGUAACACCGAAAUAUUUAUCCUUAGCUCUGCAGGUCUCAGGAUCGAAAAGCACCAAUCAGAAAUUUGUUUACAUGCGGUAUUCAAAGGACUAUUGUAUUAUUAGAAAAUUACAGACCAAAGUUUUAAGUGACCUGUCAGUGUAACCAAUCAGAAAGCGUAGAUUUCGAUCCGUACGUUAAUCUAUCCUUCAGUCAUUUUAGUAUAAAUACAGGAUGAACCUACUAGGCCGUUACAGUUUCAUUCAGAUCGACAGACAUGGCACCAAAAGUAGCUGGAAAGAAAGGGGAGAAGAAAGCCGGAAAGGCGAAGGCGAUUGCCGAUGGCGGAAAGAAGAAGAGGAGAGGAAAGAGAAGGGAAAGCUAUGCUAUUUACAUCUACAAAGUGUUGAAGCAGGUUCACCCUGAUACUGGUAUCUCCAGCAAAGCCAUGGGCAUCAUGAACUCGUUCGUGAACGACAUAUUCGAGCGUAUCGCCACCGAAGCUUCUCGCCUGGCACAAUACAACAAGAAAUCCACCAUCAGCUCUCGCGAGAUCCAGACCGCCAUCAGGCUGCUUCUGCCCGGUGAGCUGGCUAAACACGCUGUCAGUGAAGGAACCAAGGCUGUGACUAAAUACACAAGCAGCAAGUAA